CAACUUGAUCGACUACUACCAGCUACUACCUUUCUGAUUCUCUCCAUGCGGGAGCUCUAACUUUGAGAUGAUAUCUCAUGCAGCGGGACUACCACUGACGUUAACUCAGAAUCUCCCUUCGUUAACACGUUCGACUUGGUUUAGGAAUGAUUGUCUGGCCAGUCUCCUCCGACGUCCACUGGAUCGAGUAAACAUACUAGGUGAUGAGGGGACUGAAGGCCACAGCGGAUGUGUGAAUGCUCUUAGUUGGGCCCGUGACGGCGAGCUUCUUCUCAGUGGCGGGGACGAUACAACCGUUCGUAUAUGGAGAAUGGAUCCCUCUGAAAGCGAUACUGAGUACCCUUUCGUAUGCUGCGCCGUAAUACACACUGGUCAUCGGGCCAAUAUCUUCAAUGCGCGUAUGCUCCCUCAUUCUUCCCGAAUUGCUACAGUCGCAGGUGAUAAACAAGUACUUGUGUUCGAUAUCGGGGAAGUGCACGGACCAUUAGUGCAAGGAUACGAAGGGAGGUAUUCUGAAACCCCGACGCAUACAUUGCGCUGUCACGAGGAUCGUGUGAAGAGGAUAGUCACAGAGGACAGUCCCGAUGUUUUCCUGACAGUGUCCGAAGAUGGAACUGUUCGUCAACACGACCUUCGAACAUCUCAUCCAUGCCGUACAGGAUGCCCAGCUCCUUUGGUGCAAGUUGACUUUGAAUUGACUUCCUUGGCCAUGUCUCCCCUUACGCCGUAUCAAUUUGUUGUAGCGGGAGACUCACCCCAUGGAUUCCUUUUUGACCGGCGUCAUCUUCAGACAACAAGCCAGCCAUCGAGCGUCUUCUCCACGGAUCUGACGACCUGUGUUAAACAAUUUGGGCGUCCGCAGCCUGCUGAAGAUGCAGACAGUCGACCUCGACGGGAGCAUAUCACUGGGGCACGCAUGUCUUCACAUGCUGGUGACGAAGUACUCUUGGCUUAUAGCGGGGACGUCGUGUAUCGCUACUCAACUCUGGGAGUGCCCGAAGAGGAAAAAGACACUCCGACCAUUAUGCCAAUACAAAAAUACAUUGGAGCUCGGAAUAUCGAUACGGUCAAGGAUGUCAACUUUCUGGGUCCGAGUGACGAAUACGUUACAGUUGGGUCUGAUGAUGGUAACUUCUUUGUAUGGAGCAAGGAAAGUGGGAAUCUUCACGGUAUCUAUGAAGGAGACGGUAGUGUGGUCAACGUUAUUGAGGGACAUCCACAUCUCCCUCUUGUCGCCGUGAGUGGUAUCGAUACUACCGUAAAGGUCAGUCCCCAUAAUUCAUCUGCAUAUUGGUCCCAUAAAUCAUACCCAGCUGUUUGCACCCACGGACGAGGAAAGCAAAUUCUCCCGAAUAGACAAUGCUGAGGCUAUCGUUGAGAGAAACCAGCGAAGCAGGUCUAUCCGAAGCAUUCGAAGUGUUGAUAUGGCGGCGCUGAUGCAGCUAUAUGAAGCUGGUCAGGUCCGCGUUUCUGUUGACGGGGACUCGGAUGUAAUUCCUUGUCGUAGCCAGUAGACCAAGAAGCUUUUGGAAGUAGGAAGACAUGAUGUGUUGUAAGAUACUGUACCAUACAAAUAUAAUAUACAUUUUAGUUUGGAA